AUGGCGCCGUCUGAGGCCGCUUCUCCCGUUAGCGGCAGUGACGGGAAAUACAUGUCGCCUUGGAGCGACGGCUUCAAGCUAUCUUCUAUCGGCGACGUGCUGACCUUCAACCUACACACCACCUCCAUCAGCACUCUCUACCAGUCGGAUUCGGAGUUCGCGGCGCAGUCGCCCUGCGGCUCAUGCUCUUCCGAGGCCUGCAGCAGGCCGACUGCGCACGAGUCGUUUGAGAACGACGCUGUCUUAUCGCAACACUCUUCCACCAAGCGCAAUGGAGCAACCGUAGAUGCGCGGCUGCUACGCGUCGAGAACGGCCUGAGGGCAAAUGGAUCUCUCAACGAGGUGCUGCGUGAGCUGUCAAGCAUCGGCGCCGACUAUGCGAAGAAGCUGCAAUCGCUGGCAGAUCGCAUGGAAAUCGGAUUCGAAGGCGAAUCGCGAGGUAUGUCAGCUGCUGUAGGUUCCCUUCGGUCCUACAUCGUCAGCAUGGCCGAGAAUCAGCGUGAGUUUGCGGAUGCCGUGGCCCACGAAUGCACGAUCCCCAACGACAAUCCCAACGCCGUCGCCACCAUAAGGUGUGACCUGGACCGAGCACGCAGUAAAUACGAUGCGGUCGAAGCCAACAGGACGUCUUUGGCCGCCGAGGUCGAAGACCUGUACCUGCAAACCAAGUCUGCGGUCAGCACGUGCUCCGAGGCAUUUCACGAGCCGCCAUCGGUAAAGACUCCGCUCCACGCGGGACUGAUAUCAGUAUUCCUGAAGUUCAUGCGAUCAAACGCAGAGCUCAGCCAGUCGCAGGCCCCUAGUGCCCGCAUGGAGCUCGAAAAGGAGACAGCCAGACUCUCGGAGUCGCUGCGGUUAAUCGACGCCGAACGCAUCUGCGGGCUCCGCGACGGCGUUUCCAAGCUGCUGAUAUACGAAACAGCUCGUCUGCGCAAUCUGCAGUAUGACGUGUGCCACAUGGUCACAACACUGAAUGAAGUUGACCCCGACACCGAAUGGUCAGAGUUCGAGGCAACUGGGCAUCAAGAGAUGCGCGAAGUCCCAUCCGAAUCCAGCCGUUCUCCGAUGCACUAUGCAACUUAUUUGACAGCUGAGAUCCCGGAGGUGUUCCGCAAUUACGCCGUAUCGAAAUUGGCACUAUCUGCACCCAAGGAGCGCGUGCUGCAGCGCAUAGAGCGCACGCUCACGAAGUACAUCGACGCAGUUUGGGAAGACAAAUAUGACAGCGUGGAGAUGUCGGACUUUGUGGGCGAGAUGCAGUCUUCGCUCGUCCGCCAGGUGUUCUGCAACCUCGUCACAACGCGUUCGCUGCAGUGCAAUCGCCUGCCAUCCAUGUCCGCCUUAAAAUUGUUUGCGCGACUCAUCGGGGCGUUGCUCGCGUUUUCCCGCAAGCAGGGCGACGCAUGGAGCGGUUACGCCAUCCUGAAGCUGGCCGAUUUCGUGCACGUCGUCGAGGAGUCAGAGGAUGAGCAGCCGCGUCGCACAUCGCUCCGAUGGCUCAUAUAUUCACACGAGUACUGGAGCCGCAUCCCCUUCUGGGAGGAGUGCCUGCUCAUCGCCAUCGCCCAGGACUUUGCAGCGUUAUUCGACGACGUCCGCCCAGAUACUGUCUUGAAGCCGUCCACAUCUGAGCUGUUGCGCUUCCGACACUGGAUGGCGGCGUUCGGAAUAAGUAGUGCCGAAUCAUCGGCGCUUAUAGAGAGGGUGUGUGGCCGGCUCGGCCUGCCGGAGUCGUACACCCAGUGCCUCCAGGACACCAAAGAAUCCUAA